UAGUGGUGAAUUGCCUGUAGUCAUCAAUAUUUAGAAAGUGAUUAUUCUACAUAUUCUCUCGAAAUUAUUUACGGUGCAUACAGAGCCGUGAAAUACUUUUCACCAAGUAGCAACCAUUAAACUUAGUCUCUGGAAAAAUUACGGCGAUUGAAGAGGAAAUUAGGAAAUUUCACAUCUCUCGGGCGAUUUUGCUGAUCUGCCUCGGGAAAAAUACGGCAGUACCAAGUUGGACCCUGCGGCGCUAGAGUCAAAAAUAGGGCCAAAAAAGGGAACCAAAAGGCUAACAGUAAUCCUUAUCCGCACUUUUUAAUCUACAGUAUGAUGCGACGCGCUGGAACCGUUCAGAAGCACUUUGUUAGACUGGAGCUGCAUACGUCAUUAUCUUUCCGUUACCUAUCUCAGUAAAUAAAGAUUAUUUUUCCCUCACUCGUUUCAAAUUAUUGUGCGCUUGCAGACCAAUACUACUGAUACUAUUGCUCUGAUUAUGAACCUAGUGAGGAAGCAAGGCUCCAUAUGAGCGGAUGUAUCUUUUUCCUGUCUCAACUCGUAUAAGCACAUUAUUUCCAGCGCAAUGCAUUUAUUAAAACUAUAUACAGUGAAUUCAAAACAUAGCUAUUUCUUUUCGUGCAAGUUGGUGUAUGGAGUUAUUUAAUUUUUAGUAAACGGAGAGUACGAUUGCCUAUCGGGAGAAAUUACAAACACAAAAUUGUCCAGCACGGCUACUCUUCACCACGACUGUUGUGCAUCGAAGACAAAUCCACCGAAAUGUCUUCAGAUCCCUGCAUCACCGGGUUCAUCGUCGAGGACCUCCGCUUCCCGACGAGCGACAACCUCGACGGCUCCGACGCCAUGCACCCGGACCCGGACUACUCGGCCGCCUACGUCAUCCUCCAAACAGACCAACCCCAUCUCCAAGGCCACGGACUCUCCUUCACGAUCGGACGGGGCAACGAAAUAGUGUGCGCCUGUCUGCGGGCCCUCGAGCCCCGAGUCCGCGGCCUCCGCCUCUCUUGGAUCCAGGAGGACCCCGCCCGCUUCUGGCGCCACGUCACCGGCGACAGCCAACUCCGCUGGAUCGGCCCGGACAAGGGCGCCAUCCACUUGGCAACUGGCGCAGUCGUCAACGCCGUCUGGGACCUGUGGGGUCGCCACGUCGGCAAACCGGUCUUCCGCCUCGUCGCUGAGAUGACACCCGAGGAGCUCGUCCGCUGCGUCGACUUCCGCUACCUCACCGACGUCAUCACCCCCGAAGAAGCGCUGGAGCUGCUACGUCGCCAGGCGGUCGGCAAAGCCGACCGCCUGGCAGACCUGGAGGCCGGCGGCUACCCGUGCUACGCCACGUCUGCCGGCUGGCUCGGCUACCCGGACGAGAAGCUGCGCGGCCUGUGCCAACGCGCCGUGGACGCCGGGUUCUCGCACGUCAAGCUCAAGGUCGGGCGCGACCUGGCCGAUGACGUCCGCCGCGUCCGCAUCGCCCGCGAGACGAUCGGCCCCGAGAGGCAACUCAUGAUCGACGCGAACCAAGUCUGGGAGGUGCCCGAGGCCAUCGCCUGGGUCAAGGAGCUCGCCUUCGCGCGCCCGUGGUUCAUCGAGGAGCCGACCAGUCCGGAUGACGUUGAGGGGCACCGCGCCAUACGGGAGGCCGUCGCUCCGGUCAAAGUGGCCACGGGCGAGAUGUGCCAGAACCGCAUCGUGUUCAAGCAGUUCAUGGAGCGGGGUGCGCUGGACGUCGUGCAGGUGGACGCGUGUCGCUUGGGCGGCCUCAACGAGGUUCUCGCCGUCCUCCUCAUGGCCGCGAAGUAUGAGUUGCCGGUCUGCCCGCACGCUGGUGGCGUCGGUCUCUGCGAGUAUAUCCAGCACGUGGCCAUGAUCGACUACCUGUGCGUGGCCGGGACUCGGGAGGGACGCGUGGCCGAAUACGUGGAUCACCUCCACGAGCACUUCGAGGAUCCGUGUCGCGUGGAAGGCGCGGCGUAUCUUCCGCCGCGGGAGCCGGGGUUCUCGAUCGCCAUCAAAGCUGCGUCGCGCGAGCGGUAUCGCUUUGAUCCAGGCGAAUCGUCAACCAUGUGAAUGUUAUGAUUCCAUCACCUUUAAGGUGAUUCGAUGGACGCCAUAUUUUGUGUCAGAACGGCCUGCGAUAUAUCGCAUCAAUUGGUUCCAUAUUUUCAGAUUCUCGUCAUUUUUCUCCUAUUUUGUGAUCGCACUUCUGU